AAUUGCACUACCCGAAGACGCAUCAUCAUUAGCAGAGAUCGCACAUACUGACGCGUAAGAAGAAAAAACAACACGCUGAAGGAAUUGGGUGUAAGAGUCCGCCAGAAAUUCGAGGAACCGGCGAUCAUACGUUAAAUGGCCUCCCGAGGAUAUGACAUCCCUUCGCCCACACAGGCCGCCCUGACUGAGGAGCCGGACUCAGACUCGGACGACGAUCUGGUAGCCAUCCCCCAAUCAGAAAUCGACCAAUCCAACCAACCCUUGACCUCAGGAGGAAAGUCAACUCAGAAGGGGAAGACGAAAGCUUACCCACCAACCGGCCCAUCUCAGCCUACCGUUUCCGGUCAAAUCGGUAGCGCUUCUUCCGCUGCUCCCUCAAAUAAUCGUCAAUCGACUAGGAAAAACUUUGGUGGAAUUAUGACGGAAUCUAGAUAUGGCUCAGGUAUCAACACACUCGAUGAACCAAUCAGUGAAACUAUCAUGCGGGAUUUGACGGCCAUUGGCUCAAAGAUGGUCUUGAUUCUUUAUCCUGCUGGAUCAUCAAGUUCAAAAGCUUUACUUCGAGACUGGGAUCUUUGGGGGCCGUUGGUAGCUUGUUUAGGACUUGCAGUAGUCCUCUCCUUAAAUGCUCCACCACAACAGUCACUCUCAGUUUUUACAGGAGUCUUUGUGAUUGUUUGGGUAGGGUCUGUGAUCGUAACAUUGAAUGCACGCUUAUUGGGUGGCAGAGUCUCUCUAUUCCAAUCCUUAUGUGUCCUGGGUUAUUGUCUCUUCCCUCUAUUUGUUGCUGCCCUUGUCGCUCUGUUUAUUCGUUGGUUACCGAUCCGGGUGGUGUUGAGCGUAUGUGGAUGGGCUUGGAGUGUAUGGGCUGCUAUGAAUUUCUUUGGUGGCACUAGAUUAGAAGACGGCAGAGCAUUCUUAGCUGUCUAUCCUCUCGGUCUAUUUUAUGCUGCUCUAGCUUGGAUCACAAUGUUGUCAUAAAUUAGAUCUCCUUACUCUUCGCAAAAGGUCGCAGGACUACAAUAACGAAUUAUGUAGAAUUUUGUCAUUCUUUUUCCUGUCAACACACUGUGUUUUGUCUGAUCGCUAUAGACUUGGUAUGAAAAAGGAGUUGAUCCUGAUCGAGCAUUAGAUAACACGGCUCAUUCAACUCGUUCCGCUGUCUCAUGAUUCAUAUGUUUAGCCAAAAUAAGUUAUACAAGUUACAGUCUUACUAGCA